AUGGAAACACGGCGCCGGCAGAACGUCUCGGAGGAGGAGGAUCUUCAAACCGUCUCUCUGGACAACACACGAUCCUCGACCUUAGCGAACAAAGGAGAACACUCAGCUGAGAGGAUCCCAACCGAUCUCAUUAUCGAGAUACUCUUGAAAUUGCCGGUGACAUCCAUUGCGAGAUGUCGUUGCGUAUCGAAGCUCUGGGACUCCAUCAUUCGUCGUCCAUAUUUCCCAGAGUUGAUAUUGACCAGAUCUAUGGCUCGACCGCAGCUCUUGUUCGCGUGCAAAAAAGACGGUAACGUGUUCUUCUUUUCAUCGUCUCAGCCUCAAGAUCCGGAUGAGAAGUCGUCUCCUGUAGCCGCCAAUUAUCACAUGAAAUUCCAGUUUGAUGGUUAUUCUUCGCAAUUUUCUUAUUCUGUUCAUAGAUUAAUUUUUAUCAAAUUUAUGAUGGUGAUAUGUAACCCUAGCACAGGACAAUCCUUAACCCUACCGAAUGAGAAGACAAUCAGGAUUCAUGUGAUCAAUUUUUUUGGGUAUAACCCGGUAGAUAAACAAUUGAAGGUAUUGUCAAUGACAAGGGCAAGGUCUGGAAGAAACAGGCCCACAGAGGAGCAUCAAGUUCUGACAUUAGGAGGAACCGAGAAACUGUCCUGGAGAAUGAUCGAAUGUAGCUUACCCCAUUAUCCACAAAGUGAUGGGAUAUGUAUCAAUGGUGUUUUGUAUUAUAAAGCUGUCGUCUACGGGUUUGAAAGGCGUUAUGGGAUAGUUUGCUUUGAUACUUGGUCUGAGAAGUUCGAGUUUCUUGGAAAACAAGUCUUGUCAUCGAAGUUGGUAAACUACUUGGGUAAGUUAGGUAUACUCCAUUUGAACGUUAAUGAUCAUAUGGUGGAGUUGUGCGUUCUUGAAGAUGCCAAGAAACAUGAAUGGUCGAAGCGUAUCUUCGGGCCGCCAGCUUUGCAGAACGAUAUAGCGGCAAAUGUUACGUUGGACGUUGUUGGAGUCACCAGAAGAGGUGAAAUCGUCUUGUCUGAGUGCUAUUAUUCCGAAUUUGUUUCCCUUAUCUACUACAAUCUCGAGAGAAACAUUCUCACAAAAGUUGAAGUCCAAGGAUUGCGUACGUUCAGGCAUUGGGAAGUUCACACUUUUCUAGAUCAUGUAGAGGAUGUGAAGCUUGGCGGAGUGUUUAGGACAACAUAA